AAUAAGAUAAUUACAUUCACGAAUUUGGAUAGUUUUAGGAUCAAAAAUUCGUGUGGCCUAUCACACUCCUUGAACUAGUUUACAGUAAUUCGAUUACUUGUUUGUCUAAAUAUAUAUAAUGCGCACGUGCUGUAGAAGAGUAAAUCUACUCUAACCUUAAAAUUAUUCACGUCAAAGUUCCUUUAGUGUUGCAGGGUGUAUCGGUAACUUGUGCGUGAAUUUAAAGAUUUAUAUUAGAAACAAAAGUAAUUAGUCUGAUGGCAAUGCAGGUUCCAGCAAAUGUGGAUUCUGAGCAGAUUAAAGCUUUUAGAGAAUUCCUGACAUCAUAUAACAAAUUAUCAGAAAUUUGUUUUAUUGACUGCAUAAAUGAUUUCACUGCCCGGGAUAUCAAAGCAAAGGAAGAAAAGUGUGCUCUAAAUUGCAUGGAAAAGUACCUGAAGAUGAACCAGAGAGUUUCUCAACGAUUUCAAGAGUUUCAAAUGAUUGCCAAUGAAAAUGCAUUGGCAGCUAACAAAAGCUUAAGUGACAAUAGAUAGUUUUACAAUAAAACAUAUUAUAAAUUAGAUGUUUUGCCUUUAUCUUUUGACUCUAAAUAAAAUGGAUGUAUAAUUCAAAUUAUCAAGGAAGUAAUAAACGUUUUCAUUUCCA